ACUUUGCCGCUGAUAUAAGGCUUUUUGUCAGCAAUUAAUUCCGGUCUCUAUAAAGACUGAGCCGAGCUUUAAGGCAGAUAGCUGCUCGCAUUGUUUUGCAUAUGCAACGGCCAAGCGCAAUACUGCGCUUUAUCGCAACUUGGUCACAUUGUUAUUAAAUGUCGUUAGUCAUAUUGCUAAACCGCAGCAAUUCUUUAACGAGCGCGUUAAGUACAUGGCGCAAAUUAGUAAUUUCAGCAGGAGCAAUUACAGCAGCAACAGUAACCCACGGAUAUCACAACAACCGAAUUCGUGGCUGGCCACAAGUGUAUAAGCGUUCAUAUCAGGGAUUCCGAACAAUGGACACACCGCCGGAUGUAUUUCAAGGGGUGAAGGACCGCUACUUGGGUGUAACGGUCGAUGGCAACCAACAGGACAUUGCUGACAAAGCACAAUUUUGCGAAAAGCUGCACAAAUCUUUGGCCUUUUGGCGAGAAAACAAAAAUCGUACAAUAUGGUUUCGUGUUUACAAGAAGCAGGCCGAUUGGGUGCCCAUUUUGGCUGAAGCAGGCUUCGAUUUCCACCACGCCCGCUCAGGUGUCGUCACCAUGUACCUGUGGCUGCCCAAGGACGAGCCCAGCAACUUGCCCAGCUAUGCACAUACAUUGCUUGGCGUUGGUGGGCUGGUGAUAAACGAAAAUAACGAAGUGCUGGUCGUUUCCGAUAAGCAUGCGAUAGCAAAGGACAUAUGGAAGUUGCCCGGCGGCUAUGUGGAGCCGAAGGAAAAUCUGGUUGACUCCGCCGUGCGUGAAGUCAUGGAAGAGACGGGUAUACGGACCACAUUCCGCUCGAUGGUUUGCCUGCGACACUCGCAUGGCGGCAAUUUUGGAUGCUCCGAUAUUUAUGUGAUCAUUGCCCUGAAUCCGCUGAAUCUGGAAACCACACCAUGUGAGCGUGAGAUCGCUCGUGUCAAGUGGAUGCCGCUGGAUGAGUACUUUUGCCAUCCCCAAGUGCUAGAGGCCAAUCGAUUGUUCGUGCGUACCUAUCUGGAUUACCAAAAGCGGGGCCUCGACUUUACCUGCUCUAGCAUGGUGCAUAGCCUGCUCAAAAAGGAAUACAAAUUGUAUUAUGUUGCUCCAGAAAAGGAUAGUAACAAGGAAGUGCCAAAACUGUAGUGAAAUUAUUUCAAGUGUUUUUUAUUUGUACAUAGUUAAAUGUAUAGAUAAAUGUAAACCCAUUUAGAAUUUUAAUUAGCUAAACAUCGGACUAUCGCUUGGGCAGCUACUCGGGCAGCUAAUUGAUACAUGUGUAUGUGCAAUGGGCCAAAGGACAUUUGGCUUAUCACUGCUUCGAUACAUCGAUAACGGUUUUUCCCUUAGGAGUUAAUUGCAGUGUGUGUAAAG